UUGGCGCCCUUCGUAUUCCUGGUGGGGAUGUUAGUGAUGCUUAACGCCGUAUCAGUGCCGAAGCAAUGCUUCCAGCUUCUCCCGUCCGUUAACAAAACCCAGUACCAGUGUGGAUGGUGGUUCAGUAACACAUGUGAUAGAUUCGAAGUUAGCCACAAAAACGCCAGUGUUUGCUGUGAACACUAUGUCGAGAACGAUGACGGACACACCUGUUCAGCCGUUUGCCCCAAAGCCUGUCAGACGGAGGCGUGUGUAUUGGAUGGGAGACGUGUGCCUGUCAGGAGGGAUACACCAUGCCCACAUGUGAAAAAGACAUUGACGAGUGUCAGUCUAAUCCAUGCCCAGAAGGCUACAACUGUAACAAUACAAUCGGCUCGUACUUGUGUCAACCUAUUCCUGCACAGAGAUGCAGUGAAUUGAAGUGCUCAGUCCAUGCGCAUUGCGAAGACACUGGGCACACGGUGUCGUGUGUUUGUAAACACGGAUAUAGUGGGG